GGUAUUUCUGGGAUCUGAGUGGGACUGAGGCGGCGUGGGCGCCUAGGGCCUAGCGCCCAGAGCCUCUCGUGGGCCGCGUCGACACUGUGCAGUCACCGCUGGGGCCCGUCGUCCUGGUAACGGGCAAGGGGCAAAGGGCCCAGUCGCGCCCAGGCCGUAGGUGGAAGUGGAAGCCGCUACGUCCGCUGCCGCCGCCAUGCCACCCGGCCCGGUUCGAGUCCCGCCUCCGGCCUCGGUGUCCGUAUUUGACCUCGGAGCGGGUGCCCGGCUCCUAGAGGGCCUUCGCCUUGUGGGCCAAGCGCGGGGUGCGGCCUUGGUCCCGGCGGGCCCAGAGUCAGAAAAAGAAACCAGCCUCAGGGAGCAGGUGCACAAGGGGCAAACCGAAGUGUCUGAGCGAAUGUUCUGCUCAGCUUGUGUCCAGUCUUUCCAGAGCCGCCAGGAUCAGAGGGAGCAUUACAGAUUGGACUGGCAUCGUUUCAAUCUGAAGCAGCGGCUGAAGGGUCAGCCUUCCCUAUCAGUCCAUGAAUUCGAGAAGCAGAGCUGUUCAGGAGACCUCUCCAGCAUCUCAGGUUCAGAUGAUUCCGACUCCAACUUGGAUUCAGACACAGAAAAUGUGGAGUCAGAGGACUUAGAUACAGUGAAUGAGGAAGGGGCAGAGCUAGGAAGACCAGACCCCCUCCAGGGCUUUCAUCCACACCGAGUCCUCUUCCAAAAUGCUCAGGGUCAAUUCCUCUCUGCCUUUCGAUGUCUCCUGGGACCUCGGCAGGAUCCCCCAGAGGAGGCAGAGUUGCUAUUGCAGGCCUUACAGGGUGGAGGUCCUCGGUGCUGUGUGGUACUCAUGGCAGCAGCUGGUCACUUUGCUGGUGCCAUCUUCAGAGGGAGAGACGUAGUGACACACAAAACAUUUCACCGUUACACUGUCCGGGCACGGCGGGGAACAGCCCAAGGACUUCAGGAUGCCCGAGCUGGAGGUUCUCGGUCUGCUGGAGCAAAUUUGAGGCGAUACAAUGAAGCUGCACUAUUCAAGGAGGUUCGAGAGCUGCUGGCAGGGCCAGGCUGGGCAGGGCCACUGGGGGAGGCAGGGACUAUACUGCUUCGAGCCCCCCGAUCUGGCCGGGCUCUCUUCUUCGGGGGCCGUGGAGCACCACUGCAGCGGGGGGAUCCCCGUCUCUGGCAUAUUCCCCUCGCUACCCGUAGACCUACCUUCCGAGAACUUCAGCGUGUGCUUCAGGCGCUGGCCAUGGUGCACAUUCAUGGAGAAGACCCAAGGGAAACGGCCAGAUUGGAUUCACCACAGACUGAUUGGAAAGUGACAAGUCAGAAAAAGACCAGCAUUCAGGAGAAGGGUCCAGGUGAUGAUGAGCUUACUAAAGUCUGUAAUGACUGCAAACUUAUGUUCACUAACAUGAACCACCAUUUUCCUUCAGGGUCUGAAGGCGAAUGCAGCUCCCCUGUGGAGCUAGAGCUGGUGGAAUUGACCCUGGGAACCCUGGAUCUUCGUGAGUUUGAAUUAUUGCCCAAACGGAGAAGAAGAAAAAGAAAGAAGAGCCAGGAGGUUGGGGCUGGAGUAGACAUGGCUUUACAAUCCCCCCAAGAAACUGUGUCCCUUCCACAGAUAGUCCAGGAAAACAUGGUGCCUCUGCAACCUUCCCUGGAGGAGGUUGGGAUCACAGGGCAGCAAGAGCUGUGGGAUACUCUCUGGACAGCCUGCCGGGCAGGGGACCUUGGAACCCUGAAGCACCAGCUGGAGGCUCUCCCCUCUGACACCAGAAUCUAUUCUCUUCUCAGUGCCCCAUUGGGCUCUGGUGGUUGGACCCUAUUACAUGCAGCAGCUGCAGCUGGCAGGAGCCUAGUAGUUCAACUACUGCUGGAGAGUGGUGCUGACCCCACCAUCAGGGAUUCCUGUGCCCGGCCCCCAUACACAGUUGCAGCUGACAAAAUGACACGGAAUGAAUUCCGCAAGUUCAUGGGGAAAAAUCCAGAUGCCCACGAUUACAGCAAGGCCCAAGUCCCAGGGCCCCUGACAGCAGAGAUGGAGGCACAGGGAGCUGCUCGGAGGCGGGAGCAGAAGGCAGUGAGGCGCCUCCGGGAGGAGCAACGACGAAAACAGCAGGAGCAUGAGAAGCAGGAGCAAGAGGAACAGCAGAGAUUUGCUGCUCUCAGUGACCGUGAGAAGAGAGCUUUGGCUGCUGAGAGAAGGCUGGCUGCCCAGAUGGAAACUCUGACCCCUCAAACUCCCAGCUCUGUUUUUCUUUUCUCCAGGCGCUGUUGGGUUUGUGGGGCAUCUCUUCUGGGGCUUGUCCCCUUUCACUACCUUGACUUCUCCUUUUGCUCUACACGGUGUCUACAGGAGCAUCGAAGGGGAAGAAGACCACUCUCUUGAUCUUUCAUUACCCCUGUCCAGGCCCAUGGUGGGGGGAAUGAAUGCUUCAGGCUGGCUUUAGGUCUCUUCCCCCAACUUCUAGUCCACCCUCACUCAUACCUCUGUUAUGGUACCAAAGGAUGCAAAAUUAGCCAGAGUGAUAGAGGCUUGGAAGAAUUACAGCAAAAAUAGGGGCAAUGACAUGUGUGGAGGGAGAAGGUACUGUGUCUCUGAAAUUUAAUGCAAUAAAAUUUGAUAAACACUUGUAAA